GCCAGCACCCUGAAAGUUGUGGAAUAACCCUGAGCAAUCUUCAUCAAGGAAACAAGCUGUAUAAUCUGCUAUUCUUGUUCUAGUACAUCAAUUGGCUGCUAAUUAGGGUACUUCUUUCUUGAUUGAAAAUGUCAACAAGAAAAAAAGGCCUUGCAAGAAAUGCCACUACUGAGCAUAUCAAUCCCCAAAGCAACCGAAAAUCAAGCAGAUUAACUCAGGCUGCAGCUGCUGAUCAUAAAGUCAAUGAUCUGAUUACUUCUUCCUCCAAAAAGCAGAUUGGUGGAGGCCUUCUGAGGAAAAAUCGAGCUCUCAGGGGUGGGAAAAAAAUGAAUUCUGUUUGUGAUUCUACCGGUACUGGAAAUGAUGUCACUGAUGUAUCAAGUGGCAUUUUCCUCAAUCACAAGCAAUCUCAUGAAAAUGAUGAAAACCGUUCAUGUGAUUCCAUAUUUUCUCCCGCUUUUCACAAUCAGAAGGAAGAUGUUACUGACUGCUUGAGCAAGGGCUUAGAACACAAAGAAGUCACACAUGAGCCUACUGCUCAGAAUACCGAAUACGCUGCCAAUAGCAUGACAUGCAAUGCUUUUGAUGGUUUGAGCAAACACUCUUAUGAUAUUCAUAUGCAAUCGACAUGUGGAAGCACAUUGCUUGAAGAUGAUGAAUUCAGUGAAUUGGGUAGCCUUUCUCCUGAAGUGUCUGCUAUAUACCUUGCAAUGCAGCACUCUAAGCUAGAGUGUAUUGAUGAACAAAGUCAAGAUUCUACCUCAACAGAUGGGUGUGCUGAUCCUGACGAAACUGUAGAGCUUGAUUAUUUUGAUCCAUAUGUCUUUAUAAAAUAUUUGCCUGAUUUAUCUUUGGUUGUUCCCAAGUUUCGACCUGUUCUUCUUCCAAAGCAAACUCGGAGCUGUCCUAGAACUACCCUCGUCCUUGAUCUUGAUGAGACACUGGUGCAUUCUACUCUUGAGCCCUGUGAAGAUUAUGACUUCACAUUCCCAGUUCAUUUUAAUCUCAGAGAGCACACAAUCUAUGUGCGGUGCCGCCCAUAUCUGAAAGAGUUUUUGGAGACAGUAGCAAGCAUGUUUGAGACAAUGAUUUUCACAGCUAGUCAGAGUAUUUAUGCAGAGCAGCUACUCAAUAUUCUUGAUCCUAAAAGGAGAUUUUUCCGUCAUCGAGUUUACCGUGAGUCAUGUCUCUAUGUGGAGGGAAACUACUUAAAGGAUCUAUCAGUUCUAGGCCGUGACUUGUCUCAUGUGGUCAUCGUUGAUAAUUCACCACAGGCUUUUGGGUUCCAAUUAGACAACGGUGUCCCGAUUGAAAGUUGGUUUGAUGAUACUAAUGACAAAGAGCUCCUAACAUUACUACCGUUUUUGGAAAGUUUGGUCGGGGUGGAAGAUGUCCGGCCACGUAUUGCAAGGAAGUUUAACCUUCGUGAGAAGGUUGCUACUGCAUCUUCUCUCUCAAUGCAUUUUUAAAAGAGAAAUCAUUUUUUGGGAUGUAGAGAAAUAAAUUCAAGUGGCGACCGUUCUCUAUAGAGAACGAAAAUAUGGGGAGUUGUGUGAAUUGCUGGAAAGGACCCGAGGUGGUGAAUUGUCUGUACCCUGUAUCUUUGCUCUGGUUCAAUCCAAAUUCCAAUGUUAUUUGGACCCUAAAACCUUGUAAAAUCUGCUCUGUUGUAAUAUUUAUUUAUACCGGACGAACCAGACAUUCACUUGUUAGCGGUAAGGUAAAAAAACUCAUGAGAGUUGGCAUGGCCUACUUGUUGUGCGUUGCAGAUAGAAUUGCUCAGCACAUAAUCAAUAGAUUAUCCUCAUGGUCCAGUGAGUCUGUAAUUGUAGAAAGCAAUGUAUCCUUGUACUCCAGUCUGUACUCGUCAAAAAUAAUGUUGCAGAAAGAAUAAGGUGAUCUGUCUAAUUUUUCAGGUUGUUCAUC